AAAAGCGCGAAUUGGCAACGGGAACUUUAACGCUUGCUCUUCACUUGUUAGUGAUCACCACAGCACCGCUACUGUGACAAGACAAACGUCUGCGUAUUCUACGCUAUCUCAUUAUCUACAUUCCGCUUCUCCAACGCUUGUACAUUCCAUGCCGACCACGCUAUUAGCCAUGGAAGACAGCCACCAUUUCUCAACCAACAUCGGUCACGACUCCUUUGACGCUGACAGUCUCUCAGGAUUCCAUACAGCGUGGAUGGACGAUGAACAGCUUAAUAAUAUGCCAAUCAUGGAUGCGUUCACGGAUGUAUCGACCCCCAGAGCACAAGACAAUGCCACCAAAAGCCAAAACACAGCAGACAAAUCUACAGAGCAGUUUGUAGCAGCAGAUUCGGUGCUCAAUGCGGCACUGGGAGACCACGACGCUCAGCUACUGGGUGAUGCACUGGAUUUCUCCUUCGACACGGAGUUGUCACCCAUUCUGGAGCCUUUCGCAGAUGCCACUGUAGCUAUGAGCCCACUGAAAAUGCAACGGAGACAGACUAAGAGCCCUAGGACACGAAGGACGACCAGUUCUCCUUUAAGGAGAGCACCAACAGCCACAACACCUCGACAGGCCAGCAGGAUGGAAGCUAACAGAACCGACAAGGAGACAGCAUCGUUAACUAUGGCAAAGCGACCUAGAACCAGGAGCUCGUCGUGGCAGGACCAGGAGCAAAACACCUUCUUCACCAUGUUUAAGGUGAAGUGGCCACCUACACCCGAAGGCGAGCCAGUGCCUCCUUUUAGCUCGUUGCUGCUGCAGCGAUUUGAUGCCAUCAGCACAAAAGUCAGGACCAAGAGUGUGAUGGAAGUGCGACAAUUCUACACUACAGUGAUGCAGAAUAUCUCGGAGCUGUUGAAGAUUGUGGAGAACGACAUUGAUUUGACGAACCCGGAUCAAGUGCGCAUUGCAGUUUGGUGCUGGAGCAAACUGAUGGCUGACAAGAGACACUCUGAAAAAUUCUACUCACUCGAUUCGGAGCCCGCGACAGUGAAGACCAACUUGGCCACUUUGCUGCUUCAGUCUAUCAUUCGUAGUCGCCGCCAGAUGCUCAAGGCCAAGUCAGACUCCAGCAACGCACCAGCACCUGGCCUGACUUCCAUCUCUGCAUGGGUGUCAAGGUCAAACCUCAGCUCGUUUUUCGCCAAAGGAAACGCCCCAGUUACAGAGGUAUCAAGUGUGCAGAUCCAUCACCCAAUGGUGCGAAAGAAACACUCUUUGAUGCCUUGUGCUGGUUCCUCCUCAGUCACUGAGAAUGCCAAAAAGGUCUUGCCUACUGUACAGCCCAACUGUAAUUCACCAAGUGGAGUGACAUUAAAGCGUAAGCGCAUCGCAUCGACUGACCGCUCUCCUCGAUCGACCAAGAAGAAUCGUCGUGAUGAAGUGGAAUCGAUCGCCUUCACAAGUCCCAUUCCUACGGAUAAGCGGUCUCGGUCUCGUACACGAAAUGGCGUUGCGUUCCAUACACCACAACAGUCUCGGAAGAAGAUUUACAUUAAGAUGCGCAUGGUUCCGCGAGACAAGCAGACCAAGGCGGACGUGGUACACUGUGGCUGUCGACCGAAGGUGGAGCUCAAGUUGUCGUCGACGAAGAAGAUCUCCGAGAUCACGGCGCACAUGAGCAAGAAGUGGGCAAAAGUGCGGUCGCUCGUGCCAAAGGGGGCCAUGCUGUGCUUCUUCCAGAAAAAUGGGACUGAACGGUGGUCCAAGGAUGACUCCAAUGUGACUUGCUUUGACAUGUGGAAACAAUGUGGCAAGCAGACCAACGGUGAAAAUGUAGUCGAGGUGUCUUACUUGUGGAAAGUACCAGAACAGGUUGAUGAUGAAAAUGUUCAAGUGCAAGAGCUUAUGCCGCUGCUAGCGCCGCCCGGACUUUUCGAGCAGGAAGUAUCCACGGUCAAGCAAAGCAACGAUGAAAGUGAGACCACGCAGUUGUCUCCUGCCCGUGGCUUGCAGGAAUUCGGUGAGAAAGUUGCAUUCGAUCGAAGCAUCGCCGAUGAGGCAAAGGAGGAAGCGGCAGCGCUCGAGGCCUUGAUGAGCGAUAGCGGUGACGAAGGCCUUGGCGAAGAGUACAGUCCGAAUACUGGCCGUCUGCGUCGGCGUAUCAAACCUCAGCUCGUUUCAACGGAAGAGUUCAAUAUCUGAGCGUAUGCACACUUGUAAUAGUACUCCAUUGUAUUGGAGGAAGCCAAAACUGCCACCGCAUCCUUCACGUGUCUACUUUUUUGGCUGAGCUAGCAGGAGGCGGUAGUGGAAGCCACUCUCUAAAGACUUCACCUUCAGGUCUGCGAGCUCUUUCACCGGGUGAAUUCCAGACUCAAAGUUCCAUUCAAAUGCUCGGCCGUCGGCUGCAAACAUGUGGCCCGUCAGUAAUUAUCAAUACAAAGGCAAUAGCAAGAGACUUACCAGUGACGAAAGAGGAUUUAUCCACGCCCUUGCCGAUUUUUACGAUGUCCUUCGUACGCACAACUUGCUCGUUGGUGAUCUGCAGCGGAGUCGUGUGCAUCUGAGAAGCCACAUGAGCAAAGUCGUUCUUCUCCUGGCGCCCCGAAGGCGUACGACCCGCCAGCCAGAUCUUGUCGUCAGCUUUUAUCACAAGUGGCAAGCAAGGGUGAACGUAUUAGAUUAUAGCGACAAAAAUUAUUAUAAACGGCACUCACCAGUAAUAAAAGUCGUGUGGAAUUGGCUGCAUU